CGAGCCAACGGCUAACGUUCCACGGCUGCCGCCGUCGCCGGCGUGCGUGCGUACGUGGUGCGUGCGACGUGCGGGCCGCGAGCCUGCGAGGCCGGGCUGGGCCGGGCCGGGCCGCCGCGGAGGAGCCGGGAGGAGCCAGGAAACCCGCGACGGAGCGCAACGAGUCAGUGCCGGGCACAUGGCGUCCAUCUUACUGAGGAAUUGCUGCGGACGUGGGGCCGUCCGCCUCGCCCAGCCCCAUGCCGUCCCCGCCACCGCCACUGCUAUCCCGAGGGGUAGUCUGGGAGACCGUGCUUGUCUAAGUUGUACAUCUCUGAGUUUGAUAAACCAUACGAAUAUUAAGUUUGGUUGUUGCACUCAUGUCCACCCUGUUUACAUUUCCUUCAAAAGUAAUCACUUAAGUUGUUGGACUAAAAGACCUGAACAGGCAUAUAUGGUAAUAAGAUCUUCUGAAUCAUGGACGCCUCUUUCCAGUUUGCACUCUCUGGAACCUCCACACAUUUCUGUGCGGUGCUUGCAUUCUUCUUGUCCCCUUCAAGAUGACUCGGUAGUGGAAAAGUCCCUGAAGACUAUUAAGGAUAAAAAUAAGAAGCUCGAAGAAGGUGGACCAGUCUACAGUCCCACUGUAGAGGUGCCUGUGAAGAAAUCAAUUGUUCAAAAGGUUGUGGAUGAGUUGAAGCACUAUUAUCAUGGCUUUCGGUUGUUGUGGAUUGAUACAAAGAUUGCUGCACGGACACUUUGGCGAAUUCUCCAUGGUAGCACCUUAUCUCGGAGGGAGCGGAGACAGUUUCUUCGGAUAUGUGCUGAUCUCUUUCGCCUGGUCCCUUUCUUAGUCUUUAUUGUGGUUCCAUUUAUGGAGUUCCUGCUUCCAAUUGCUGUUAAGCUCUUCCCAAAUAUGUUACCAUCAACAUUUGAGACACAAUCCAUAAAGGAAGAGAGACUGAAGAAAGAAUUGAGAGUAAAACUUGAAGUGGCUAAGUUUCUUCAAGACACAAUUGAGGAAAUGGCCUUAAAAAAUAAAGCUGCUAAAGGAAAUGCUACGGAAGACUUCUCGAAAUUUUUCCAAAAGAUCCGAGAGACAGGAGAGAGACCCACUAAUGAGGAAAUCUUACGCUUUUCCAAACUGUUUGAAGAUGAACUGACUCUGGAUAACCUGACUAGACCCCAGCUGGUGGCCCUCUGUAGACUGCUGGAGCUGCAGUCAAUAGGGACAAACAACUUUUUGCGUUUUCAGUUGAUCAUGAGACUGCGGUCAAUGAAAGCAGAUGACAAGCUCAUUGCUGAGGAAGGAGUAGAUACUCUGAAUGUCAAGGAAUUACAGGCUGCUUGUAGGGCACGAGGUAUGAGGGCAUUGGGAGUUACAGAGGAACGUCUCAGGGAACAACUUCAACAGUGGUUAGACCUACAUCUGAACCAAGAAAUUCCUACUUCAUUACUUCUCUUAUCCAGAGCUAUGUAUCUUCCUGACACCCUUUCUCCAGCUGAUCAACUCAAAACAACAUUACAAACUCUUCCAGAGAGUGCAGCCAAAGAAGCCAAAGUCAAAGCUGCUGAGGUUGAAGGUGAGAAAGUAGACAAUAAAGCUAAGCUGGAAGCCACUCUGAUGGAAGAAGCAGCCAUUAGACAGGAAAAUAAAGAGAAGGAAGAGCAGGAGAGGCUGACUGAAGCUGCUGAGAAGGCCCGAGAAGUUCUGCAGGAGGAAGCAGCUGGAAAGAAAGAAGCUGAGUUGGGUCCAGAAGUCCUUCGGCAGGGAAAAACAAUCCCUACAUCCCUAGAUUUGGAGCCAGAGCUCACCAAGGUGCCAUUGAAAUCAGAGACUCUGAUUGAUACUGCCCCAGUCCUAGAAGGCCUGAAGGGUGAAGAAAUAACCAAGGAAGAAAUUGACCUGCUUAGUGAUGCUUGCACUAAACUGAAGGAACAGAAGAAGUCGUUAACCAAAGAGAAGGAGGAGCUCAAGUUGCUGAAAGAUGAUGUUCAGGAAUAUAAAGAGGAUUUGCAAGAGAUCAAAAAGGAGCUUUCCAAGACUGGUCAAGAACAGAUUAUAGAAGAAUCAAAAGCAAGCAAGAGAUUGUCUAAGAGGGUGAACCAGAUGAUUGGACAGAUAGGAAAAAUACUUCAUGAAUUAGAGAAAGAUCAAAAACCAGAAGUAGGAAAAUUGGACAGUAGUAGUGUUGUUGCUACUGGAUUGGGUUUCCCCCUUAGGGAAAAUGUCAUCACCAUCGGUGAGCUCAUAAAUGUGAUGAAACAACUUGAACAAAUUCCAGAGAGCAAAUUGAUGAAGUUGGCUUCUGCCCUGGAUGAAAACAAGGAUGGCAGGAUUAAUAUAGAUGAUGUUGCCAAGGUUAUCGAAUUGAUUGACAAAGAAGACAUCGACAUCUCCACGGCACAGGUCAGCGAGAUUGUAGCAUUGCUGCACAAAGAAGAGAAGGUGGAAGAGAAGGAGAAGGCAAAGGAGAAGGCUGAGAAAGAAGCUGCAGAAAUAAAAAUAUAAAACUCAGCCUGUGAUGCCGCUGGAGCUUUGGAAAGGCAGCUUGUGCGCUGGGCAGCACAUGACAAAUGCCUCCUCCUCAUGCUUGAGCCUCUGUGGUGGUGAGAAAUGGUGAUCUUGCUUUGAGGUGAUGCUAGUGGCAAAGCAGCUAUUUUUCUGGAAUAAAGCAGACACUUCCAUGAUCAAAUAAGUAAUUUUCUAUCAUUCCAUGAAGAUGAGAGCAAUUUGGACCCUCUUCCCCUUACUCUUUCCGUGAAAUCAUGUAUUUGUCCAUGUAUUGAUCGUGAUUCCAUCAGCUAGCUUAUCUAUGGACUACAAAACCAUGCCCCCGGUAGUAAACACACCAUGUACACUUACAGUUAGGUGUACCAUAAAUUGCCGAGUAAUAAUGAUUGAUUUAAAAGGAGGGAAGAUGGGGCAGAAAGUAUCUGGUCCUACUUUUCCUACUUUGUUUAAAAGAUUUCAGGUGUUUUUUUUUCCUUGCAUCUAAAUGAUACUUUCCUAUAAAUGAGUUAGAAUCACUCCUUUCUCCCAGGUGAUCUCUUUCAAAUACUUAAUUUUUAAAUAUUUAAAAACAAAGGUAAAUUCAUUCAAAUUCCCACCCUUCAGAUGGAAGGGCAUGGGUAGUGUUUCACCUCUUAUUCGGUCAGUUUUGAAGUUUGGAUUUGUUUUUGAAGUUGUUUGAGAUAGUUAAUUUUUACCCCCUUUCUGUUGAUCUGUUUUGGUUGCUAUUGGACAGGCAUAUUUCUAGGGAUUAUAUUCACAUUCAUUUGAAUGAAAACUUUUUUUUUAAAAGGAGAUUUAAACAAAUGUAUGAAUGUAUACCCCAGAAAUAAAAUAUAAUACAAAUUUAUCAGAAUAGACUUUUCACCAGCAUUAAACUGUAACUAAUUAUUAAGGAAAUGUUUAUUUUCUUUAAUUAAUGUAUGGAAUAAUAAUGAUAUCAUCUGACCACUUAAAAUUUUUUUUUUAAUGCAUGCACAUUGUGUGUCAGGGAAUGAUUUCUUUUGGGAGAAUGGGGAGUGGUUUUCAUCUACUGAUUAACUUCCUGAUUAGACAACUGGCAAAUGUGUUUUCUUACGUGUCCCUAACCUUGCAUAUCUGUUUUAAAAUUAGCUUGUGUCAGUUAUACUUUGGAAAAAAAUUAAGUGGGUGAAUGUUGGCAACUAGUGUGUCUGAAUUUACUGUACCAAAUCAUUUUAUUCUCUGAAGUGUUUUGAUAUUUAAGUAAAUAAUUGCUUUUGGGAGUUUUUGAAUAAGUAGAUUUUCUCAGUUGUCCUCAUUUUUAAAUUUUAGCUUAGUAGAACAGGAUGUCUUUCAAUAUGUUAAAAAAACAUAUGUAAUAACAUUGUAUAACAUUUUUCAUGAAUUUGGGAUUGUCCUCUUUACAACUAAUAUUUUUGAGCCCCAUGAUUCAUAUUUUUUUUCAGUUACCAUCCACCAAGCAUUUCUUAUUUCAGCAACACUUACAUAAAAAUAUCUAAGCACUCCCCUUGGAUUGGUUAAUGUUUCAGUUUUUAAUCCCAAACUCACUUAAAAAUAGUGAUUUAUUAGACAAAAUUUAAAUACUUAAAAUGAAUUAUUAGAAGAGCUGGUGGUCUAGAGUUCAGUUUGAUGAUCACCACUUACAUGAUGGACCACAAUAGCAAGUCAGAUGCUUAGUUGGCUACCACUGGGCAUUUUUCUUUUGUUGAGGGUUUUUUAAAAAUUAUUUUAAGAAUCAUUUGUCAUGAGUAGUAUGAAAUGUUAAAUAUCUUGAGAGUGACGAAAGCUGUAACUAUUUGUAAAUUUUGUGUAUUCGGCAGAUGAUAAAGAAUUUUAGAAUGUUCUUUAAAAUAUUUGUACUGUAUUUUGAAACUGGGCAUUUUCAAACUGCUAUAUUGGUAAGGGUGAGUUAUAGUUCCCUUGAUAAACGUAGGUGGUCUAGUUGUUUGAUUUGGCUAUAUUUCAUAUAAACUUGCCGUCCAGUACUGAAAGCAAGAAUAUUUUCUAAAAUCUAUAUUAAAACAAAACUUUAGGGCAGUGUUUUUUGUGUAUUAAAAUAUGAGUUGGAAAAUUUAACCUUUUUUCCACAUUUAUAUCACCCCCAAAGCAGCUUUUAUUUAAUAAUAAUAAUAGACGUGCCAAAUUCUCAUUUGGCCCAUAAUUAAGGUAUUUGGGUGGUGUAUAUUUUGGGCAAAAGUCUUAACCUUCAAUGGGUUGUCUUUCAUAUGUCAUCUAAAUAUAGGAUUAUAAAAAUACAGGAAUAAAAUAACUCCUGUGCUAAAUAUAGACAGUGAGGAAAGAGGAGAAUUGGAUGAAUAGGUUCUAAAUUGCUUUCAGUGUUUUACUUAGUGAUUAUAUGGGAGCUUAAAUGCAGUAAUAGGAUUGUAUGUUCUACAAGGGACACCUUGAUGAGAAAAUAGUUGCAUACAAAAGUUUUCAUUUUUUCUAUCUGAAAUGGCAAGAUUAGAUACUUUUAUAUUUAUGAAUCAUUUUAGAUUGGUUAUUUUAACCUUAUUUUCAGUGGUAAAAGACUGUACUACCUUACGAUUGCCAAAUGUAUCAUCAUUAAUCUUGGAGUUUUCAUUUGUGAGAGCCAUUUCCUUGUAUGGGAUAUAGAUUAAAAGUGAGUGAAAUCCACCCAUGUUGGCUCAAUAUUACUCAUGUCAGGAAAGGGAGCCCCUGACUGAACAAGCAAAAUGGCUACACUUUAUGGGGCUGUGACAGGUAGGCCAUGAGAGCACUUACUUGGAAUUCAAGUGACUUUUUAAAAAGCAAUUAUUUUAAAGACAGAUGAGCCUGUUAAUUGCAUAUAAAAUCUGAACACCCCUACUUGGUUAAAUUUGCUUAGGAGAACUGCUCUCUCUGUAAGAGGUAUGUAAUUUAAAAAUUUUUUUUUUACUGCAGUCUUCCAAUUUUGCACCCUGACCUUGAUUGAAAAAAGGGGGGCAUGAUAGAGAAACAGAGCAGACUAGUUCUAUAUAAGGAACCAUAGAUUGUAAAGAUUUAAGAAUACAUUGCCAUCCAUCUGACCAAGUCCCUCAUCUUACAGAUGAAUAAACAAGGCUCAGAAAAGGGGAGGAAGGGAUCUGCCCAAGGCUCCAAGAGGAGCCUUGUCCGGGAGAGCUGAGAGGAGCACCUAGAUCUCAGCUUCCACUCAGGUUAAUUGGUUAGAAUUCCCUUUUCUUCCUUUCUUCUUUUCUCCCUCCUUUUUAUGCCUCCUGGUAUUUUACAUAUUGGACCAUAGGAUUCUCUCUUGCAGCUACCUGUCUUUCACUUUGUUAGAGCAUCAGAUAUGUAGGAAAGACUUUUGAGCUUACUGAAAGUUUCUUAUCCCUAUUUUACCUUGCCCUUUGUCAAGUAUUGUUCCAUUUUUUGUAUGAGCCUUGGUUGUUGGGCUCCAGUUUGUAAAUCUCAUCCUCUAAUAUGAGAUGGUGAGUGACAAACUUGGAACAAGAUAAUAAAGUUAGAUGGGUGUUUAACCUGCUGUGAGUGUUCCUCUCUCCUCUCUCCUCCCUCCCCCCCAUUUAAGAUCCUGGGGUUUUAAAAAUUUAUAAAAAUGCCAAUUUUAGUAAAUUUGUAUUGGUUUGACAUCAGGUCUAUUGGUUAUUUUUAUUUUGUGUGCAAAUGUGUGUUGGGGGAGGGAGGGAAUCUAUAUUGAAUUUUAUUUAUUGCUGCUUAACUAUAUCACCAGGCACAAUUCAGAGAUAUGGUGGAUCCAAGAAUACAAGGUUUCUGUGCUGAGGUAACAAAAGGGAUGAGUUUUGAUAUAACUUUGUAAUAUUUUUAACUUAAAAAGUAAUUGAGUGUCACACAUUUACAUUUUCAGAAUUUGCCAUGUUUUGGGGAGUUUGUACAAGUUGUUCAAGCUUGUACAAAGCUGAAUUCCUAAGGAGAACUUGAAUGGAUGUUUUUAAGCUGAUGUGAACUGAGUACUUUUCCUUUUUCCCCAUUGCUCAAUCUAAAAAUCUUAAAAAUUGGCAUGGUUCCAAGUGCUAUUUUGGAAAUCCAACUCCAGAUGCUGCUUUUGGGAUGGGAAAGUUACCUGGCUAUUUUUUUUAAUAGUCCAUAGGUAGAUGUAAGCAUUUUAGAAAAGUUUUUUUUAAAAUUAAUUAGCAUAUUUAUGUUAAUGUCUCAACUUAAAAUGACUGGCUUCUGAACUUUAAUCCAGUAAAAGGAAAUAUAUCAGUGAUUUAAAAUAUCUGCCUUCAUAGUUCAGAGCUUGUGUGUAUGUAUGUGUUUUUCAAAAUGGAAAUAAGUUGUCUUAAGUACUGAAAUAAUUACGUAAAAUGGCCUUGGGGUUUUGAGGUUUUUUUGUUUUUGUUUUUGUUUUUUUAAACUAUCCCUGAAGAAGGGAAUGAAUUAGUUGAAUUAAGGACAUACUUACAGCCUUAACUACAUUUCUAGUGCCUAGCAGCCUCUGCAUACAAAUAGGCACUCAGUAAAUGUUUAUCAAAUUGAAUUUCUUGGCAUUUAUCAGUAAGACAACUGUUUUUAUUUGAUAUGUAUGAGUGACUUAUUUUUCACAAGCAUGACUAAAAUCAAAGUAACCAGAGCCCUGGACUUUUGAAAUUCCUCCCUCUCUUAAACCUAAUUUAUUUCAGAGUUCAGAUACCUUUGGAUCCACCACUAUCUUACUGAUAGAAAUGCACUGAUAAUGUAAAACAUAAUUUAAGUGAUAUAAUGUCAUACAUUUUUACUGUGUAUUUUAAAGAAAUAUCGAUAGUCGAGUUUCUUUGUAUGACUUUCAGAAGAAACAAGCUUUUCUGGACACAUUAAAUUUGAUGUAAGGAAAAGAAUUAUAUAUAUACAUAUAUAAUAAAGGGAUGUCAAUGA